AUGUCAGCUCCUCUUCGUAUCCGGUCCUGGCGGGCAAUUGAGUCUCUUCAAAAUGCGACACAGCUUUCGCGCUCCUCAAGAGCGCCUAGUUUACGAACCAGCCAGCUCUCCAACCCCAUGACCAAGAGAGCAAUCAGCUACACCACCAAAAACCAGUCCACCGCCAAACCCUCACCAGCAUCUCCCGCCACAAAGCCCUCCCCCUCAGCUUCAGCACCUAUCCCCACCGGUGUCCCCGCCUCCCGCAUCCCAAACUCAACCCCCAGCCGCGCAACAACCGAGAACAUCUCCAAAACAGGCCUAUCAGACAAGCCCCUCGAGCUCGAUAACCCUGUCGAAGAUAAAAUCGACUGGACGCGUUCAUUCCACGGCUUAUCUGCCACACCGUUCCCCAAAGAAGCGGCUGAUAUCCUGCUGGCGGAGAUGGACCCGGACGAGGUCGAGAUCAAGCCCGAUGGAAUCCUCUACCUACCAGAGAUCAAAUACCGACGGAUUCUCAACCGUGCGUUCGGUCCUGGUGGGUGGGGUCUCGUGCCGCGCAGCGAGAGUAUCGUUACGCCGAAGACGGUGACGAGGGAGUAUGCUCUUGUUUGCAAUGGACGCCUCGUCUCCGUCGCCCGCGGCGAACAGGACUACUUUUCCCCGGACGGAAUCCCCACCGCUACGGAAGGCUGCCGAUCGAAUGCGCUCGUGCGCUGCUGCAAGGAUCUAGGCAUUGCGAGCGAAUUGUGGGAUCCGCGCUGGAUUCGCAUGUACAAGGCCAAGUAUACGCGUGAGGUGUUUGUUGAGCAUGUGGUUAAUAAAAGGAAGACUAAGAUUUGGACGCGGAAGGAUGAUCCUGUUGGAUAUCCGUGGAAGGAGAGUGGAGGUAAAUAG